AUGGCUUUACCACGUCUCCUCGUUCUCCUGCUGCUCGGCUGCGUCCUUCUCCACCUCGGGUCAGGGGGUCCGUCCCGCUCCAGAAAAGCUGUCCCAUCUCGACAGAGAGAAGAUGAUGAUGUGAAGGCCCAAAUUGAGAAGCUAUGGCAGGAGGUGAACUCACUGAAAGAGAUGCAAGCCCUGCAGACAGUUUGUCUCCGUGGCACCAAAGUCCACAAGAAGUGUUACCUGGCCGUGGAAGAGCCCAAGCACUAUCAUGAGGCCAACGAGGACUGUAUCGCCCAGGGAGGAACGCUGGCCACACCACGGAACCUGAAGGAGAACAAUGACAUAAGAGAAUACGCCAAAUACAGCUCCCCUGAGUCCAAAGAGUUCUGGAUCGGUGUGACAGACAUAGUGAAGGAAGGGCAAUACGUCGACGUCAACAGCCUGCCCAUCACCUACUUCAACUGGGAUCGGGCCAAGAAAGAACCUACAGGAGGCAAGAGAGAGAGCUGUGUAGUGCUGUCCCUCUCUGCACAGGGGAAAUGGCACGAUGAGGUCUGCCGCACCCAAAACAAAUACAUCUGUGAAUACAUUAUUCCUUAAUACCAGAUACACACAGCAGCUACUAUACAACUCUGGAAAAAAUUAAGACACCACUUCAGUUUCUGAACCAGUUUCUCUGAUUUUGCUAUGUGUAGGUAUAUGUUUGAGUAAAAUGAACAUUGUUGUUUUAUUCUAUAAACUACAAAUAACAUUUCUCCCAAAUUCCAAAUAAAAAGCAUUUAUUUGCAGAAAAUGAGAAAUGGCUAAAAUAACAAAAAAGACACAGAGCUUUCAGACCUCAAAUAAUGCAAAAAUAAGUUCAUAUUCAUAAAAUUUUAAGAGUUCAGAAAUCAAUAUUUGGUGGAAUAACCCUGGUUUUUAAUCACAGUUGUCAUGCAUCUUGGCAUGUUCUCCUCCACCAGUCUUACACACUGCUUUUAGAUAACGUUAUGCCACUCCUGGUGCAAAAAUUCAAGCAGUUCAGUUCAGUGGCUUUCAGUUUGGUAAAAUCAAAGUGGUCUCUAGUUUUUUCUAGAGCUGUAUAUGGCUGAGUGUUAUCACUCACUGGCUGUUAAUGCUGUACAAUGCUGAUAUCAGGAAUUGAUAGAAGUUACAUAACUGAUUUAUUAAGAACUGUGAUAUAAAAAAGUCCAUAGAUUGAAUAAUUUAAUUGAUAAUAAAGAAAGCUAAACUGAGUGAUAAGUCACUAAUUGUGGAUUGGUGUAAAAAGCUUUACUGCAGAAAAACCUUCUGAAUCAGAUUUCUUUAGUGAUAAUAACCAGCGGUCAUGGUGUCUACAAAAAAAAAAAAACAUAUUGUAUAUAAUAUAUAAAAUGACAUACAAAUAAGUUUUAUAUACAGUAUGAAAUGUUUAUGAUAAUAAAAUAAUGAUCCAGUUUUUCUUGGGGUGUUGUUUUUCCCUUC